GGGGUUCGCGGAGCGGCGGGCAGAGGUGAGUGUUCAGGGAUUUAGGGUCCGCGACUCGCCUCCAGCAGUGGAGACAGAGGGUCAUCGGUCUGGUCUGCGUGGGCUUCUGGGAAUGUUUCAGAGCCAGGGAGAACGCGUUGAGUUUUGUUGUUGUUGUUGUUCACUAGCGCGUGGGGUCCGUGUUGCGGGGAGCUCGGGGGGAGUCCUCGCUGGGGAUUCGUUUCGCAGAGUGGUGUUACGGUUCCCAGAGUCUGGGAGCUCAUGGACUCCGUAUUGGAACAAGCGCUUGGGAGGUCUUCGUUGCACAGUAGCACUAGGGCGUCGUGGUGGGGAAGCGAAUCGUGUCGGUGUUGGAGACAGCUCUGGGCAGUUCGUGUUCAUUGCUUAUCACAUGCGUGCUUAAAAAGGGGUCUGCUGGUCCCCUUGCUUCCCUACUUCUGUAUAUUCUGUAGAAAAUUUGCUUUCAGGAUCAUUGCGAGCCAAGUAAUAACAUCCCCAUCAUUUUAAAUACUCCUCCAGAAAAUAACUCUGGUUUAGUGUAUUUCAUGUUUAGCGUUGGGAUCAGGUGUCUAGGUAUUGGUAUAAUUUUAUUCGUAUUUAAUCUAACAUCUUGCCAACUACGUAUUCCCAUAUUACAUUCUCUUUGAGAGUUUUCUUUUUUAAACUGCUGCGGUUCCGGCAGGUGGUUGCUUUAAUUUGAGUAGAACUGAUGUAGAUCUAGAUACAACACUUUCAGGAACAUGUGAUGGAUUUCCAUUAACCCAAGAUUUUUAUUUCUUUGACUAGCUAUAGUGUUUUCCAUACGUGUCUUGGACAUUUCUGGUUAUGCUUAUUUCUACAUAGUUAAUACUUUUUGAUGUAAAUCGUGACUUUUUUUUUUUUCGCAUGAGACCCCUCCCUCUUUACUUUUUUCCUUUCUAAUUUUACUUAGUGGACAAGAACAGAAGUUAAAAAUAUAUGUUUAUUCUGUCACUUCAUUCUACUCAUGUCAUUACACAUAACUUAUAAAUUGAUGUCUUUCUUUUUUCUAGUUGAGCAUUUUUGUCAUCUGCUAAUAAUUUUAGCCAGGUGGCAAGUGGAUGGACUGUGGAGUAAGAAGUACCUGCCUCUGCCUCUGACUUGGGUUCUAGCCUAUGGGAACAAGACAUUUUCAGUAAUGGAAGAAAGAGCUUCCAGGCUAGGGAAGAUCAUCGUUUCCAGUGGUAGCUUGACCUGAGAUGAUACCUGACCACAACUUCUGGGAAGGCCCAGAAUAGACAGAAGAGAGAGAACACCCUAGAGUUGCUAGCCCCUAAGAGUUGAAGAAAAUGGCCAAGGCCCAGCUGAAAUAACAGGAAACACAUGAAAAAUGCCACGAUUGUAAUGUCUGUGAGGAGAGAGCAAGGCAGUUCUUCAGGGGAGGGAUCACUGUCAUUCGAAGAUGUGGCUGUGGACUUCAGCAGGGAAGAGUGGCAGUCUUUGGACUGGUCUCAGAAGGUCUUGUACAAGGAAGUAAUGUUGGAAAACUACAGCAACCUAGUAUCAGUAGGGUAUCAAGGCAUCAAGCCAGAUUCACUCUUCAAGUUGGAGCAAGGAGAACCCCCAUGGAUAGUAGAAGGAGCAGCCCACAGUCAAACCUGUCCAGGGUUUGUUAUCCAGAAUAGAAGAUACGCAGGAAAAGAUUCUGAUGCAUUUGGUGGAUAUGGGAAAUCAUGCCUCCAUAUCAAGCGUGACAGAACUCUUACUGGAGUUAAAUACCAUAGAUGUGUUAAACCCACCAGCCCUAAAUCACAGCUCAAUGACCAUCAAAAAAUUUGUGUAGGAGAGAAACCACAUGAAUGCAGUGUGUGCGGGAGAGCCUUCUCCAGGAAAGCACAGCUUAUUCAACAUCAGAGAACUGAAAGAGGAGAGAAACCCCAUGGAUGUGGUGAAUGUGGGAAAACAUUCAUGAGGAAGAUUCAGCUCAUUGAGCAUCAGAGAACUCACACGGGAGAGAAGCCCCAUGAAUGUGGUGAAUGUGGGAAAGCCUUCUCCAGAAAGUCACAGCUCAUGGUCCAUCAGAGAACCCAUACAGGAGAGAAACCCUACAGAUGCAGCGAAUGCGGAAAAGCCUUCAGCCGGAAGUGCCGGCUCAAUAGACAUCAGCGAUCCCAUACUGGAGAGAAACUCUAUGGGUGCAGUGUGUGUGGGAAAGCCUUUUCUCAGAAGGCUUACCUCAUUGCACACCAGAGACUUCACACAGGAGAGAAGCCUUACAAAUGCAGUGAUUGUGGAAGAACUUUCUAUUUUAAGUCAGACCUGACCAGACAUCAGAGAAUUCAUACAGGAGAGAAACCUUAUGAAUGUCAUGAGUGUGAAAAAGCCUUUAGAAGCAAGUCAAAGCUCAUUCAGCAUCAGCGUACUCACACUGGAGAGAGACCAUAUUCUUGCAGCGAAUGUGGCAAAGCCUUUGCCCACAUGUCAGUCCUCAUUAAACAUAAGAAAACUCACAUAAGAGAGAAAGCCAUACAUUCACUGAAGGUGGAGAAACCUUCUUCAAGGAGUCAUACCUCCUUAUACAUGAGUGAACACAUGCAAGAACAAAAGACUGUAUCUAUAGAAAUGCCUGCCUCAGGAUCCCCGCCAUUGUUAAACAAGAGUGAGCGCCUAGCGGGUAGAAAUGUAGUCAUCGUAGAACAACCUUUUCCAAGAAAUCAAGCCUUUGUAGUUAAUCGGGAAUUUGAACAGGGAAUAAGCCUCGCAAAUGAAGUGAAUGUGGCCCCAUCAGUAAUAAACUAUAUCUUGUAUGUUACAGAUAUUAUAUAAGAAUAAAUCUUCUGAUACCAGAAAGGUGGGAAAAUCUUUAUUAGGAAUCCUGCAGCCACUAUAUGCCAGAGAGCUCAUUUAGGGCUGAAACACUGGAGGCAGUGGUCGUGGAGGACAUUUCUGUGAGAAGUCAAACCUGUUAAAUGCCAUUGAAAUCAUGUUGGGCAGAAAUGCAUCUGUUAUGAGGAAGCCUUUACCUGGAUGUGAUAUCUCAGUUGGUAUCAAAGAAUUCUUACAGGAAUAUUUAUGAAAGAUUGUGAUGGUGCUUUUAGCACUAAAUUGUGCCUUGUGUGCCAAAGAAACAAGGACAACUGUAGAGGCAAUGGAUAUGGAAAACAUUUUUAGUAAAAUAUGGGAGAAUUUAUAGAAAAGAAAAGCUCUUGAAAGUAAGACAUGAUGGAAACUCACCAAAUUAACUCCUGUAUCACACUUUUAUGUCUUCAGAGUCUUGGAGGGACAUGUUUAAUAAAUGAAAUCUUGAACCCCAGGAAUGGUAUUAUGUAAUGAAAACCUAUGAAUAUAACAAAUAUGGAAGUAAAA